GAAAACAGAAAGCGUAUUUAUUUCUUUUCAAGUUCAUUAAUUUCUAAAUUUUCAAUAUUUUUCCUGAAUAUAUGUUUGGAAAAAGUUAUUCAUGAUGUGAACUUGUAGUAAUAUAUAAAUGUAGUCAACCACACACAUGACAUCCCACAUGAUAAGUGUUUGCGGAUUUGUGUUGUAUUCUUAAAAUGAAAUUUUUAUUGUAAUAAAUAAUGGAAAUAACAUAUAAUGAUGAAAGUGAUUCCCAAGAAAAUGUUGAUACUGAAUCAGGGCAAUUCUAUAACAGGUAUAGAUUACCUAGAGCCAAUAAAUUCCAGUCAAAGAAGAUAUGUGCCAAGGAACAAAAAAAUGCCACUUUGAGAAAGAUAUCAACUAUCCUCCAAAAAAACGUAGCUGAUCGCACAUCAGAGGAGGAGAAAGUCCUUCUGGAAUCAUCUGAGCAAGUAGAGGAAGUUUUACUGAGGUUGAAGAAGAGAGAAGAGGUGAAGAAGAGAUUGGAGGAAUAUGAAGAUCCUCCUGAAAUAUUGAAGACUAAAUGUGAGAAAUUAGCACAAGCUAUUGCUCAGUCCCAAUAUCUUGUUGUUUACACUGGUGCAGGAAUAAGUACUUCUGCCAAAAUUCCUGAUUAUCGAGGGCCUAAUGGUAUUUGGACCCGUCUACAACAAGGCAAAGAUAUAGGCAAUCAUGAUUUGAGUGUUGCUGAACCAACUUAUACUCACAUGGCUUUAUAUGAAUUGUAUAAGCAGAAUGUUCUCAAGUAUGUUGUUUCUCAAAAUUGUGAUGGUCUGCACUUGAGGUCUGGGUUACCUAGGACAGCUUUAUCGGAGCUACAUGGCAAUAUGUACUUAGAAGUCUGUAAAAAUUGUAAGCCUCACAAAGAAUACUGGAGAUCCUUUGAUGUGACAGAAAAUACGUCCCGUUUUUUCCACAAAACAUCGAGAAAAUGUUAUAUAUGUAAUAGUCCACUUGAAGACACCAUAGUCCAUUUUGGAGAAAGAGGAAAACUUCAGUGGCCUCUGAAUUGGAAAGGUGCUUGUCAAAAUGCAAAAAAAGCAACAACAAUCUUGUGUCUAGGUUCAAGUUUAAAGGUACUGAAGAAGUACCCUUGGUUGUGGCAAAUGGAUAAACCAGUUAAAAAGAGGCCUAAUUUGUAUAUAGUGAAUUUACAAUGGACCCCUAAAGAUGACUGUGCAAAUGAGAAAAUUAAUGGAAGAUGUGAUGAGGUCAUGAAAGCUGUCAUGGACUGUUUAGGAAUUUCUCCACCGAGUUAUGACAGAAGAAAAGAUCCCAUCUAUUAUCACUGCAGCAAACUAUCAGUAUUAGAGAUGCAUACCACGUCACAGCCGUUUUUGAAGGACACAAUGGAAGAAGAAAUAAAAAAGGAAGAGCCUGACGAAACACUCCAAGUACAAAAGUUAGGAAAUGACAAAGACUGUAAAAAAAACUGUAAUGAUCUCUCACAAAAUAAUACUCAAAAGUACUGUGAUAAACUAUUGGAGAGCAAUAGACCUAGCAAAGACUGCAAAGAGGUAGAAAAUGAAAGUAUCCAGUUCAGGAGCGCUUUCUCUAUUAGUAGCAUUUUAGAUACUUCAAGUGUUCAGACUAAUUCCAUUUCUUCCAACUCUAAUAGUCAACAUGUGAAUAAUCUAGUGUCGAUCAUGAGCAAUCAUUGCAAUAGGUAUUAUCAAAACGAAUUUUAUAGGAGCGAUUACAAUAUUUAUUAUUCUUAUCCAUACGAAUCUAGUUGGUUAUAUUCCGGCCUACACAGUAUUAUAAAUCCAGUUCCUUAUUCUAAAGAAGAAAUCAAGAUUGAGAAAAAAGUUGUUAAUAGUGAAAAACCUUCUUGUGAAUAUUGCUAUGACCACUUAAAAUCUUACGAAUGUUUGUUUUAUCCUUCAACGGAAGGUGUUUUUGUCGCACAACAAUUUCGCUACAGUAAAAUUGAAAAGAAAAAUAAACCGAAUAUUUGUGUAUGUUGUGAUUACACAACUGACGAAGAGGAAGAAAAUAAAGAGCAGACUGAUAAAAAUAAAGUUCAACCCGGUUGGUUCGGAAAAGGGUAUAAGAAAAGAAGGAGAAAAUGGUGAUUUUUUUUUUAAAUGAGAACAAAUAUUUCACAUAUAGUACGGGUUCAAGAAAAGGGAACUGACAAUUUUAAUGGGUGAAUGUUUGGAUGUUAGUGUAAACUAAGUUGGGUGGAGUCAUUCAAUUUCAGUGAAAUUUUGUAACUUGUGUUCAAUGUCGAAAAGUUGUAUUAUAAAUAUUGAUGUGAUUUCAAUGUUUUACUAAUUGACCAUUAGGUUUAAGAGAAAGUAUUAAAAAGUUUCAUCGUUUA